UGCCUCUGGAAGAUACGUGUGUGCUUGGCCAUUGCUUUGUCGAUGAGAAUAACGCAAGUAUGUGCAUACCAGCUGUUGAAAUUUGCUUUACCGUAGGAUGGUAUCAAGGUUUAAUCUGUUUACCUACGCCAGUCAAGCCUGUUCCUUCAACAGUAAGAUGCAUCAGGAGUCCAGAUGAGCAUACCCAGACCAAUCUUCCUAUACCUAGUUUGAUAGAGGCGUUGUUAACUACGAUAAACGAACUCAAGUACGCGUCGUCUACUUUGGAAAAUGAUACUAUAAUUGCUCUAGAUAGAUUAACAACUCUCCUGACUAGUCUUGGUGAAGUGCGUCUCCUUCCAAUGCAUAUAUACGACCGUCAAAACCAGGCUUCAGUCUUGUGA